AUGAAGAGGGGGGUCAGGGGGGCCGGAGGUCAGGGGCUCGGCGUAGCCAGUUCCGACAGACGCCGGUACGAAAUGCCGACCGUCAGUCUGUCACCGACGUCGUCGAACGAGAACGUCGCCGCGACAGCGUUGACCGCGGCGAUGGACGUGUACGGUUCUCCGAACCUGGCCGAGGACCGUCGACGAGCGACGUGCAAGUUCGACUUCUCCAACUCACCAGGGACGUACCGCAGAACUCUGCAGGAACUGGAGGCGAUGAGACAGCGGAGCAACGGCACCACCCUCAGCGACUGCUUUAGCCUGAGUAGCUCUAUGAGCAGCGAGGCGGACCUGUCACCGGUACUCGACGUGGCUCCCUUCAUGACUCACCAAUUGCAAGGCACUCAGCUGAAGGAAAUAUGCGCUCAGACGAAGAAGCUUGAAAAGAGAAAUGAGGAACUGAAAGAGGAGCUGAUCCAAUUUAAAACCGACAUCGCGACGCGCCAGGACGGCACAGGCAGCGACAAGAGCAAACAAAGAGACGAACUCUAG